UAUAAUGCUUAAAACAAACCAGAGUACUCCGUACUAAGAGAUUCAUAUAUGCAGCAGUCAUGUGUGGUUUUGAUGAUAAAUCUAACAUUAUUCUUUUUGCAUGUUUACAUGGUAGCUUCACGUGUGCUAUGUUCAUAAUCUCUAGCCUGGCUCCCCUGAAACGAAACUCCCACCUGUUUGUACAAUAUGCAAUGUUUUUUUCUAUUCACAAGUUACCAACCAAUCAUGUUUUAUUAUCGUCAUUGCACCCAUUGAAAUUACUUUGAAUCUCUAUACGCAACUGACAACUUGUAAGCUGUAACGACUAAAAAUUUAUUUUCCUUCUAAAAGAGAGAAGAGAAACGCCAGCGGUAACGAAUGAUCCUAAAUGACAUUCAUGUAGCUGGCAGUUCAAAGUUCAAGCACAUCCUAUAAAAACACCCAGCUCACGUCCUUCCUCACCAAGAUCACCAGACCGAUCUAGCACUCAAUCUCUCUUCAUCAGCUGCCGCAACCAUGGCGAAAACCGCAAGCCAGAUUGUGACAAUGCUUGUCAUCCUGACAACACUCGCCCUCGCCGCCCUCGCCGUCACCGACCUGCCGCCGAAGCGGCCAGGCCAGGAGGUCCAUCUGUUCGAGGUCACCGUCAGCGUCCCGGAGGACGGCAAAGUGGACGACGAGUACAACUACCGGAUUCUCGCCACCGUGCUCGGCAGCGUUGAAGCGGCAGAGAGCGUCAUAUCCGAGAAUGACGUUGGGAGUUUCAAGGCGUACCUCACCAACAACCAGGCCCGUAGAUUGUCGAGAGUCCCGGGGGUGCUGGAAGUUAGGGAGAGCGAUGAUCAGCCUUCGGGCGGACAGUGAUAUCAGCAACGCCACAGAGGAAAUUUACUCCAGCGAUUCCAAUCUCAAGUGCUUCAGAGAUACGU